GCCGUGUGUAAUUACACUGUGUACGUGGAAAUGUUUACUCCUUUCUGAUACCGACGGCUUAUAGCGAUGUCUUUAAAGUUCGUCGAGGUUUUUAGAAUGUUUAGACAAUAUAUUCGCAAAUAGUUAUAUGCAGUCGCGUAUAGGUUUCCCGACUAAUCGUUAACGUUACUUCAUAUGAAAAAGACCCAACACUGUCAUCAAUUUAGCAUGCUAACUAGCUAGCACUUGCAACAACGUUAGCUAGGACUAAUUAGACCGCUACAGCUAGCUAGCUGGCUAAAUGGCUAACUACAUUUACCACGUUGAAAAAAUGCAAAUGCAAGUAAAAGACCAGAAGAGCUAGCUAAUUAGCUGCACUGUAGGUUUGUCAGAAAUAUCAAACGCACCGUGAGCGUUAUAUCAACAUUUGUUUGCCCGGCUGUUACGGCUGUUGCAAUGGCACCGAUGGGAAUCCGACUGUCCCCACUUGGAGUGGCAGUUUUCUGUUUACUCGGAGUUGGCGUCAUUUACCAUUUAUAUGCUGGGGUUAUAUCUAGUAGAAUAGCUGGUUUUAGGCAGAAGAAGACAGUUGAUCUUAGAGACUUGUUGGCUUUAUCAAUUGAAGCUUCCAUUCAGGGUGGACGCGAGGUUAAACGAAUACGUGAGGAUGACACCUUAGAAGAAAGGUCUAAAGGAAAGACCAAAGAAGGAGCCAGCGAAAAGCUCACACUUGGCGAUCUGAACUCGCACCGGAAAAUGUAUUACCUGAUUAAAAACACAUAUCCUUAUUUGCAGGUAAACUCAGAAGAGCACGAUAGCUCUGACGGAGAGGCCACUAUAUGGACUCGUAACAUCCCUGAUAAUGUUCUGAACAAGAUCCCAGGGAGUAAAAUGGUGCCGUCAGAAAGUGUGACAGUAUGGAUAGAUCCGCUGGACGCUACUCAAGAAUACACAGAAAAUCUCCGGAAGUAUGUCACGACCAUGGUGUGUGUGGCUGUGAAUGGAGAUCCUGUUGUAGGUGUGAUCCACAAACCUUUCACUGGAUACACAGCAUGGGGCAUGGUGGGGCAAGGAGCAAACGUGGGACCCCGUGGCUCCUACAAUGCCAACAACCCCAAGGUCAUAGUGUCACGAUCACAUUCAGGCAAAGUCAAAGGCUUCAUUCAGCAGGCUUUUGGGAACAAUACUGAAAUCAUACCAGCUGGAGGGGCAGGCUAUAAGGUGCUUGCUCUUCUGGAUCCAUCUGAUGAUGAGUACGAAAAGGCAGAUAUGUACGUCCAUGUAACCUAUAUCAAGAAGUGGGACAUUUGUGCUGGAAAUGCAAUUUUAAAGGCUCUGGGCGGUCACAUGACCACUCUUAAAGGAGAGGAGAUCGACUACUCAGGCUCUGAGAGUAACACGGGUGGUUUGCUGGCAAGCAUCAAAAUAGACCACAAGAAGCUAGUGAGUAGGCUACCACCCUGGGACGAGAACAAAUAGUGAGAGGGCAAUCCUGUCCCAAAUGGCUCUGCUUACUUCAGCGCCACCCAGUUGUGUUAAUACGAUGGCAUACCAGGUAAAGCACACGAUUACACUAACUGGUCCGGUGGUACACAGCUCUGCGGUUGACUCCUGGAUAAGUGCCACUCCUUACACGGGCUCAAAGGAAGGUUGCCUUGAGCUGCAAGGGGAUAAAAGGUUAGAUUAUGUACUUGCCAUUUAAUAAUUUACUGAACUGGUCUAAUAUUUAAAGAUGCAAAGUAAAAAAAAAAAAAAAAAAAAAAAGACAAACACAGGGUUUCCGUAAAGCCGUGUUACUAUUGUUAAUCUCCACGUUGAACAUGAAUCUUUGUUUGAGUCUAGUUUGUUUGGUAUGUGCUCUCAGGAAGUGCACACUUUGGCUUAUUGAAUCCUUUGUGUAUGUAAAGAGAUUCCAUGUAAUAACUGUCAAGGUUGUUACUGAGAACCCCAACUUAAACUAUGUACUCAUGUGUAUGACUUUGCUCCUCCUCAAUUCAGAUAUCAAUCUCUGUGAUAGUGGGAGGUAAUCUCACACUGUCUUAUCAGCACUCCAGGUCUUCUAGUUUAUGCACUGUCUCCUGAACAGCUGUAGAUAAAAUGCAGCAUUUCUAAGAAAUUGUGAUUGUUGUGAUUGAUUAAUUGUUUGUUUCUUUUUUUUUUUUAGCUUCUUUUGUUGGUAUGGGCUUUGAAAAAGGUUGCUGUGACUUUCCUUCCUCACGUUUGUGUGCGUUUUAUUCUUAGAUAACAAAACAGCACAUUAGACAGGUCAUUGAGAUUUUAAUGUAGCGCUUGGGACACUCAUUCACUGUGAUUACUAACUGCAUUGGACUUUUUCAGAGGAGGUAUUUUUGUAUGAAUACUUAUGUCCUAGACAUGCUUCUGUGCCCUUCCUCUCUUCAGUGGUGCGCAUGUGACUGGCUUGUAAAUACUGCAGGUAAUAACUUUUUUCCAUUAAAAACCUGCAUGUUCACCAUUUAGAUACUGAGGCAUGUAAUGUGGUUGAUGUCAUAGUGCUGGCUUUAAUUUAAUUUAAAAUUUUGAUUGUAAAAGGGAGCAAAUAAUUUCAUUGUACUCUGAAGGUAAUUUCAAGGUGGUUAUUUUGCCUUGUUGAAAGAUGUGAAAUAUGUUUCACAAAUAUUUUUGGUGACACCAAAUGAAAAAUAAUUCUAUAAAUAAAUGAAGUGUGGUACACUGUA